AUGGAAGAGGGGACACCACCGCCCGGACCCCGGGACAAGGCCCCCGCCCCAGGGCCCCGGGACAAGGCCCCCGCCCCAGGGCCCCGGGACAAGGCCCCCGCCCCAGGGCCCCGGGACAAGGCCCCCGCCCCAGGGCCCCGGGACAAGGCCCCCGCCCCAGGGCCCCGGGACAAGGCCCCCGCCCCAGGGCCCCGGGACAAGGCCCCCGCCCCAGGGCCCCGGGACAAGGCCCCCGCCCCAGGGCCCCGGGACAAGGCCCCCGCCCCAGGGCCCCGGGACAAGGCCCCCGCCCCAGGGCCCCGGGACAAGGCCCCCGCCCCAGGGCCCCGGGACAAGGCCCCCGCCCCAGGGCCCCGGGACAAGGCCCCCGCCCCAGGGCCCCGGGACAAGGCCCCCGCCCCAGGGCCCCGGGACAAGGCCCCCGCCCCAGGGCCCCGGGACAAGGCCCCCGCCCCAGGGCCCCGGGACAAGGCCCCCGCCCCAGGGCCCCGGGACAAGGCCCCCGCCCCAGGGCCCCGGGACAAGGCCCCCGCCCCAGGGCCCCGGGACAAGGCCCCCGCCCCAGGGCCCCGGGACAAGGCCCCCGCCCCAGGGCCCCGGGACAAGGCCCCCGCCCCAGGGCCCCGGGACAAGGCCCCCGCCCCAGGGCCCCGGGACAAGGCCCCCGCCCCAGGGCCCCGGGACAAGGCCCCCGCCCCAGGGCCCCGGGACAAGGCCCCCGCCCCAGGGCCCCGGGACAAGGCCCCCGCCCCAGGGCCCCGGGACAAGGCCCCCGCCCCAGGGCCCCGGGACAAGGCCCCCGCCCCAGGGCCCCGGGACAAGGCCCCCGCCCCAGGGCCCCGGGACAAGGCCCCCGCCCCAGGGCCCCGGGACAAGGCCCCCGCCCCAGGGCCCCGGGACAAGGCCCCCGCCCCAGGGCCCCGGGACAAGGCCCCCGCCCCAGGGCCCCGGGACAAGGCCCCCGCCCCAGGGCCCCGGGACAAGGCCCCCGCCCCAGGGCCCCGGGACAAGGCCCCCGCCCCAGGGCCCCGGGACAAGCCGAAAAAUGCAGGACCUCCAUACGGCAUGACAGUAAAAUGUCGCUAA